GACAAAGCUGAGCUGACGGAUAUAGGACUGAAUUUGAAUGUCUUUAACGUAAAUUUUCGAUUACCCAGGAUUGGAGAGCUUUAGGAACUCCAUCUAAGCUCGAUUGACUAACAAACUCAAGGUCCUUUAAAACACCACAUAAAAUGCAGCUUUCCCUAGUCUUUAAGAAGGAUUAAUUGGAAUGUAUUUGACACAUAAUUCCCAAAAUUCAAAUGUAACUUUUUGGUUUGAAUUUGCUGCUUGCAGUAUUGAAAUUGCCAGAGAUACCCAGUAAAGUCCUUGAAGUGUUCACAGGGUUUCCCACGAUUUAUUGGUCGGUUUCCAUAAUUCUUUGGGCUCGUCUCACGAUUUAUUCAUCGUAUCCAAUAGAUUUUUGGUUCUUUCUCAUAAUGUAUUAGUAUCGUCCGAUUGGAUAUCAAAACAAUUGAAUAAAAAAAUUCUGGGGAAUGCCACAAAUUCGUGGGAACACACCAAAACAUUUUGGGAAGCAAUCAAAAAAAUGUGGGAUCCAACCAAUAAAUCGUGGAAAAUCUGUAAUGAAUAUUUAAAUUCUCGCUAGUUUUGUGCUGUCAAUGACUCUUUUUCGCAGUUCAUACUGUGUAUUCCAAGCCCUAUUGCUUAGUUACAACUACUUAUGUUCAUAAUAAUGAGUUAUAACUAAGACUGUAACUAUACAGAUUAUAACUACUUAUAACUAAGAUCACCAUGAAUAGUGCUCAAAAAUAAUUAUUACUGCUACGACUAUCAGUUGCAGUGUUUUGAAUCAUUGAAGGUGCACAAUGAGAGCAUUCUUCAGCUAACUUGGAACAUGAAAUAGCUGUUUUGGAACUUAUAAUGCAUCGUUAAAGCAAGAAAGACGAGAAAACAUAAGCGACAAUAAUCAGUUUAAACCGAAACUGCAACCAAAUUCCCCACAAAUUGCAACCAAUCUAUCUUUUCCCUACAAUGCUCUUCUAUUCUGGGUUUUGCUCUACCACUACAACUUUGGGGGCACGAUUUUAGCGUCCUCUCUGGCCCCAACCAUUAGAAUAUUGUCCGGCAUAACACACACAUUUGCAGCUACACCGCGAAAGCGGCAAAAGCGACUUGAGCGUCGAAAAGCAUCAUCAACACCAAACCAUACUGGGUGUGUUUGUCAAUCUUGCAAACAUUGGCGCUGCUUAUCUUGCAAACAUCACCACUACACCCGUCAACCAGUUACAUCAUACAGACCUUCUCCUCCUCCUGCUUCGAUCAUAUGGUUCCGGAUGGUGGCGUCGCACAAUCUCACUGCCCUCCCCGAAACCCCCCGAGAACAGCCACUCAUUGCCACCUAACGCACCGCUCAAAGCGUUUCAAAUUCGUUCCACCAAUUCGACCACCUCUUGUGCCUCCGACCCCCUACCCCAGAUUGGGCACACGAUCAAUUACUGCACCCGACAGCUUCCUAUCGCCCUGUGGCUGAGUGGGCAACCGCAACACGGCGAUAGCCAGCCGGCAAUUGCAAGCAGAUUCUUUCCCCGCUGCUUCCAAAAUUGCCUGUUUUUUCGUUGGUUCGAUCAAUCUGCUCCAACACGAAUGUAGUGGUUUCAGGCAAGCGCGCGCUCGCGCACACACAAGACGCGAGACCGGGGAACGACGACAACAGCGACGACAACCGCGACCUUUGCCGGCAGCCGCGUACAAGAUCAGUCGCGAGUUUGUUUCCGGCGCGAGUGGGAGCACGAGCGCGCGCGCGCUCUCGUUCUCACCGGUUUUUGUGCGUGUAGUGUGGGGCGGCCCCUAGGCCCGCUCAAACCUAAGUCUCUGGGUCCAGAAUGUUUCUGUUAUGGGCGUUGCCGCUCGCCCUGUAUCUGCUCUACCGGUGGAGCAUCGCGACGUACGAUUACUUCGAGAAGCGUAACAUCCCGUACGUGAAACCGGUCCCAUUUUUCGGCCAAGUGUGGUCGUUCUUCACCCAGGAAAAGCAUGCCGUCGAUGUGGCCUCAGAAGGCUACCACAUGUUCCCUAACACGCGCAUCUCGGGCGUGUUUACACUCCGAACACCGGCCUACCUGGUGCACGAUCCCGCCCUGUUCAAGGAGAUGGCGAUUAAAGAUUUCGACCACUUUACCGACCACGUGACGCAGCUGUCGCUCGAGCACGAUCCACUGCUGGCCCGCUCGCUCUUCUUCACCAACGGAGCCCGCUGGCGGCAUCAUCGGUCCGGUCUGAGCCCUGCCUUUACCGGCAGCAAAAUACGCAACAUGUUCGUGCUACUGUCCAAGAGUGCCGGCGAUGCGAUGAAGCGGCUGGUGGUGUUUGCCCGCGGCAAACCGUUCGCGAUGGAGCUGCGCGAUCUGUACUCCAAGCUGGGCAACGAUGCGAUGACUUCCAUCUCGUUCGGCGUGGACGUGGACUCGCUGACCGAUCCCGACAACGAGUUCUUCCUCAAGGGCAAACGGUUGGCGCAGAUCGACGGGCUGCCGGGGCUGAAGCUGCUAAUGACAACGAUCCUGCCGGGGUUGUUCAAGUUCCUGCGGCUCGGCGUACUGUACAAGGAUGUGAACGAGUUCUACCUGGAAGCCGUCUCGACCAACAUUCGCUACCGCGAGAGGAACCUCAUCAAGCGGCCCGACUUUAUCCAUCUGCUGCUGCAGGCCCGCCGGAACGAGCUCAACUCGGAGCAAACGGAGGACGAUGCGCUCGAGAGUGCCGGGUUUUCGACCGCCGAAACGCACACGGUGGAGCAGCGCGGUGGCACGGGCGAGACGCUCCAGUGGCACGAUGUGGAUAUUACGGCGGCGGCCGCAUCGUUCUUCUUCGGUGGCAUCGAGACGACGACCACGGUGCUGUGCUUCACCAGCUACGAGCUGGCUGUCAAUCCGCCCAUUCAGGAUCGGCUGCGGGCAGAGAUUGAUAGUGCGCGCGACGAGUUGAUUGAUGGUGCGACGCCGACGUACGAGAUCUUGCAGAAGAUGAAAUACCUCGACAUGGUCGUGUCGGAGACGCUGCGGCGGUGGGCGCCAUUCGGUCUGACCAAUCGCCGCUGCACCAAGGACUACACGUUCACCAACACGGACGGGACGCGCGUCACGAUCGAGAAGGGGCUCAAUGUGUCGAUCCCGCUGAAAUCGUUCCAUCUGGAUGAGAAGUUUUUCCCCGAUCCGUUACGGUUUGAUCCGGAGCGGUUUGCCGACCCGAACAACAUCAACCAGGACGCGUACGUGCCGUUCGGGACUGGGUUGAGGAACUGUAUCGGCUCCCGGUUGGCGCUGAUGCAGGCCAAGUGCUUCCUGUUUUACAUGCUGUCGAAUUUCAUCAUCCAACCCGGCAGCAAACUGACCAUUCCGAUAGUGCUGGAUGAAACGUCGGCGGGGUUGAACGCGAAGCAUGGUUUCUGGAUGAACCUGGUUCCACGCUAGGCGGCGAGCCCUUGCUAUGGUACGGGCGAUAAGAUAACGAGCAUACCGUUUAUUAUUACCCGGAAGAUAUGUGGAACGAUUGCGAUAGGAAUGGCCUAAUGUGUAUGUGUGAGUCUGGUUGUGAUGGAAAUGGAGUGUUUCUCCCGAAGUCUCAGAAACAGUGUCAUCAGCGUGCUUUAUAUGUUCCUUUUUUAACGUACAAAAUUCUGUAAGCAACAAUCGGCUUGCGAGAUGAAUAAAGGUCGUUUAAACCCAA